AUGACACUUCAGACUGUCACUUGGAUAAGCGCCUUCCUCUGCCUCGCGCAAGUUUGCUCCAUGCCCAUGCCUUGCCAGCUACAAGGACAGCUGGUGCGAAUAACCCACAACCUACUGAGAGACAUGGGGGGUCAUUUUCCUCUGGAGUGCAUGCAGGAUAAUAAUGUCUUCAUAGCAUUCCCAGCCACUGCUUUCACAACCUCCGGCGCGCCUCAGUUGAGCAGCAGUGGUCCUAUGGCUAUUUAUGAGACAUUGAAGAACAUCGACACAUUGUUUGGAGCUGACGACCUGCCUACUAAGUGGGACCAACGGAAGUUGGAUAAUUUUCUGAAUAUUGUAUACCGCCAGAUUGAAGAGAGCAAAUGUAUGAUGGGGAGCGUGAACACAUGUGAUUAUCUAGUCAGGGCAAAGGUGCUGAAGACAUAUUUCAGGAACAUCGCAGCUGUCCUAAAAGAAAAAAAUUUCAGUUACUGCGCCUGGGAAGUGGUUCGAAAAGAGCUCCUGUACAGCCUACAGUUCAUUCUGGAACACAACUCUGAUAGCCUUCUGUGGGCCAAAAGAACACGAAUUUGA